AUGAGCUACAAGCGGUUUAAAUCACCUGAAAUUGCAAUACUUCAGCCUAAAAUUUUGGACUUUAAACCCAAGAAUUUUGCAAAAGGUGCUAUCGACAAUUCUAACAUUGUUGAUGGCAGCAAACCAGUCGUGAAGGGUCAGAGAUUACCGAAUGUUCAUGAAGACUAUUCUAACGCUUUGAUUCCAAAUAUUCCAGCCAGAAUGUCCAAGAAUAUGAAUCUAAACCAGAACUCUAACUUUUGCAUUGAAAAUCAAAAUUUAAGGAAGAUUUUCUCAAAUACAGAAAUCAACGAGCAAAUUCCUAAAAAUAUGCAACAGCUUAACUCUAAACUGAAGAACUUGAGGUUGAUACUAGAUGGACAAGAUUACAUCCUCUCUCCAAAAGCCAGAACUAAAUAAUAAACACAUUAAGUUAUCCCAUGAGCUCAAUAGUUUGAUAAAGUUGAAAUAGUCCUAGUUUGGGCAAUGAGCCUGCUGAGGGCUCUAACAACACUAAUCCCACAAAUCAUUUUGUCAAUAUCACACAGAUAAUUCAGAAAGAAGAAAUUAAGCCAGAUGAUUUAAUCCCUCAAAAUCAUUUUCCCAGCCAAGCAGAUCAGUUCUCUUCUCAAGGAAGGGAGAGACUAUCACUCUCCAAAAGGAUUCACACAAAAGGCUUUUCAAAGACAAACCAGAGGAUUUCUAAUAAUUUCAGGUUUUCCAAAAAUGUUCGAAGGAACAAAUUUAUUGGUCACAAGAAUAUUACCUUUAAGCAUGCCCAGAAUAAGAGAUCUCUUGAGAAAUUAUUGAAUAUACAACUUAAUACCAAGCCUUAUGAGACUAACAUCUUGCAGGCGGAGCAAGAAGUUAUCUCAACAGAAAAUAGGAAAAAUAGAAAUAUGACUCAGCUAGACCUCGACCAGUCUGAUAAAAACACUUUCUACAAAACCUUCAAUUCUGGAGUAGAGAGAAGAAAUAAAAUCACUGGUAAAAUCAUUCACGGUUCCAAUAUUAAAAAUAAAAGAGUCGCCAAAUCCACAGUGAACAUGGAACCCUUAGUUGUCAACGCCAAGAGCUCUAAAAUUCCAAAAAUUGAGGAAAGAUGACUUUCACCUAUCCUUGCUUUUGCUUCUCAAGGCAGAAACCAUACAUUUUCUGUAAACUAUAAGCAAAAACUCAUGGAUCAGAAAGAUCGCCAAUAAACUCUAAUAAAUUUAACAAAGAAGCUAGAAUUUGUAAAAUUAGUAGAAAUUAUCCAAGAAAGAAGUGGAGGAUAGACGAGAAUCACCCUAAUGGGCUUAACAAAGACAUCCAGAUACAUCUGACUAGCCAGGGUAUAAUUGAAAAGUCUUCAAGAAAUAGCCAAAGGAGUGGUGAUCCAAAGCCGCCCAAAAUGUCGCCCUUAAAACCUCCAGAAAUGUUCAAGAUUAAAGUAACAACAUCGAAAAGGAAAAAACUGUUUGUUAAAGAGAACUCUAAAGAGGUAUAUCACAAAGAUAAGCCAUGGGAUACAGAUAUGCAUGGAUGGGAACAAAGUAGCCAUCCCGGGUCUGACUAUACUUUUGAGAGUAAGAAGCUAUAGUCCCUCAAGAAUGUACACACCUCUUGAUAAAAUCAUCACCAUCGGUUUUAAAAUUAU